AUGAAGGAGCCUAAGCUAAUCGAGCUCGACGGCAGAACUGGAGAAGGGGGUGGACAACUUGUGAGGAUGGCAGUCAGCCUAGCUGCAGUUCUCACCCAGCCCAUUCGAAUCACCCACGUCAGGGGCAACAGGGGUGGAUCGCGAGGAGGAGGCCUCAAAGCCCAGCACGUCGCCUCGAUAGCCUGGCUCGCCAAAGCCACCGACGCCGACGUGACCGGCCUCUCGGUAGGGAGCCACACGCUCGAGUUCCGCCCCCGCCUGCCGCCCUCCCAGCUGACCGCCGCCGCCGCCCACCGCCGCGUCUCCAUCGCCGCCGACUCCGCCGCCGCCAGCACGCUGCUGAUCCUGCAGGCCAUCUUCCCGUUCCUGCUGUUCGCCGGCAGCGACGACGAUGGUCCCAUCGAGGUCGACCUCUCGGGCGGCACCAACGUCGCCUGGUCGCUGUCCUACGAGUACCUGGCCCAGGUCCUGCUGCCGACGCUGCGCGACCGCUUCGGCGUCCGCGCCGAGGCCGAGCUACGCGACCGCGGCUGGAGCGUGGGGACGCGGGCGUCGGAGCCGGCGCGGGGUCACGUCCGGGUCAGGGUGUGGCCGCUGCGGGUCGGGGAGACGCUCCGACCGACGACGGCAGGUUUGGGUGGGGAGGGGGGCAGAAGAGAGGUCACGGCCGUCGAUGUUUCGGUCGUGGCGCCGGCGCACAUGCACGCGGACCUGCAAGGCGCGCUGUUCCGGGACCUCGACGUCCUGUUCCCCGGCGCCGGGGCGCGACUCGAGGUGCUAGGGGACUCGGGGCUGGAUUGCAGGAUAUACGUCCUGCUGGUGGCGCGCUCGGGGACGCUGCGCUGGGGUAGGGAUAUCCUGACGUCGGCGCCGAAGAAGGGGAAUGCGAAGGGGAAGGGGAAGGGGAAGGGAGGGGCGAGUCUGAGCGAUAGCAUCGCCGGGAAGGUGUGCAAGGACCUCUAUGAGGAGGUGGCGCUCGGGGGCGUGGUGGACGAGUUCCUGCAGGACCAGCUUGUCGUCUUCCAGGCGCUAGCGGAGGGAGAGACGAGCUUCCCGCGAGACGGAGACGGCGGUGACGGGUGGGGGACGCCACGGGGCAAGGCUGGUCUGGAGAAGCCUAUUGGGGACCUGAACGUCGGCGAGCGGAGGAGGAAGGAUAAGACGCACGAACCGUUCGGCCAGGGAAGCACCCACACAACCACAGCACGGUGGGUGGCGGCAGAGUUGCUGCCUAGGGUUGUCUGGUAUAACAAGGGGAGUGUAUGCCAAGGGGCCGGGGUGCGAAUGGAACCGGCAACGUAG